AUGAUGGUUAUGCUAUUCUGGCUGUAUUGCAUACUCCGGGUGCAAUGUGAAGAAAAGAACGAAAAAGAUAAGAGAACAUUUCUGAUUAAUUUGAAUGAAAUUGAUUCGUCAAAAUCAUUGCUAACUCAGAUAUAUGAUAAAGCCAUUGGUCUUGGAUUCAAUUUCAAUAAGUCAAACGCAGCUGCGCCUAAAGACAAACCACCGGCACAGAAACCAAAGAAACAGGAAAAGCCUCCUGCACAAAAACCAAAGAAACAGGAGAAACCAAAAAAGCAAGAGAAACCAAAGAAACAGGAGAAACCCAAAAAGCAGGAGAAACCUAAGAAGCAAGAUAAACCUAAAAAGCAAGAUAAGCCAAAGGAUAAACCCAAGUCAGGUGAUAAACCCAAAUCGGGUGACAAGUCAAAAGGCAAGUCAGGUGAUAAGUCAAAAUCAGCAGAUAAGUCCAAGUCAGGUGAUAAGUCAAAA